AUGAGUGAUAAUCAUGCCUUCGGGCGACCGGCUGUAGACGAUGGACGAGGAGUUGUCGAGACGAUGCGAAUGGAAGCUACCACAAUGUCGAACAAUUUUAACGCUGUAAAUGAUAGCAUCAAAUCAGACGUCCAUCAUCUUGAAGAUCUGUCCCAAUGUUUUGCAGACAUUUUCCGUUCGUCUGAUCACUCCGAUGUCACUCUUGUUCUCGAUGAUGGAGCUGAGUUUCCCGCUCAUAGAUUGAUCCUUGCCGCUCGGAGCAGCUUUUUUCGAGCAAUGAUGUACAACGGAUUUAAAGAGAGCCACGAACAACGCGUUUCUCUACAUGAAACAAACUCAGUCGCCUUUCGAGCAGUUCUUCAGUACAUGUACACUUCAAAAAUUGAUUUCGCUGGAGUUGAGCUAGAUGUCCUUCUUGAAUAUUUGAGUCUUGCCCAUCGGUAUGAAUUGAGGCAACUGAUGACGGCGAUAAGUGAGUAUUUCAAGGAGAUUUUGAAGAAUGAGAACCUCUGCAGCAUUUUGAAUGCUGCCUACUUUUUUCAAUUUUCGGAUCUAAUUGAUUACUGUAUGCAGUACUCGGAUAAACAUGCUGAUCAACUCUUAGACGAUCCGAGUUUUAAUAGGCUCUCAGGAGACAGUUUGAAAGAACUUCUAGCAAGAGAUUCGUUCUAUGCUAAUGAGCUGAAAAUCUUCAACGCUGUUUGUUCAUGGUACGCUACGAAUUCAAACAUGAAAGCUGUAUCAAAAGAAUUACUGGAUCUUGUCAGACUUCCUUUGAUUUCUCAAACCGAGCUUCUCAACUUCGUGAGGCCGUCUGGAUUGGUUGAUGCUGAUGAUUUAUUGGAUGCGAUAGAGAUCCAAACUCAAAAACCAUUUGAAGCACCAUACAGAGGAUGCAAAAGCAUCGACACAAAUAUAAUACCACAGUAUCCAAUAGUGCAACCCUUAUCUCGAGAAGUUAGUUGUCGAUUUACGAACCAAGAGAAUAUGAGUGUAUUUCAUUUGGAUCUUGGAAAACCUUUCAUUAUCAACACGAUUAUUCUUGAACUGAACUGGAAAGUUGAUGUACAAGGAUUCUCCUAUCAGAUUCACGUCGGGAUGGAAAAUCGGUCGGAUGGCCACUGGAAGCUAGUAGCUGAUUACUCAAAAUACGACUGCCGAGGUACUCAGCGAGUCUUCUUAGAAGAUUCUGUGGUCAGGUACAUCUUAAUACGAGUUAGCGACCCAAUGUCCUGUCGAAUAGAUGGCAGUCGUAUUGAAGCAAUGUACUCGUCGGAGACGAUGCCAGUGGAUCCUCACACAAAAAUAAUUGCUCCACAUAGUAAUAUCACAACUAUUGAAAACCAUGCACGGGUGGUCGAAGGAGUUUCUCGCUGCCGAAAUGCACUUAUCAAUGGAGACAUUACAUCUUACGACUGGGACUCGGGAUAUACGUGUCAUCAAAUUGGAAGCGGUGUCAUUAUGGUACAACUCGCCCAACCCUAUAUCAUCUCUUCGAUGCGAAUACUUUUGUGGAACUGUGACGAUCGAUUCUAUUCGUAUUAUGUCGCAGUGUCAACGAACCAAGACAGUUGGGUCACAAUUAUUGAUCGUACGAAUGAAGAGUGCCGCGGAUGGCAAGAACUUUUAUUCGAUCCUCUCCCUGUUGUCUACAUUCGUGUCGUGGGAACAAGAAAUUCAAUCAACGAAGUCUUCCAUGUUGUACAUCUAGAAGCCCCUUCAAAUGUUCCAAUCGCCAUAAAGUAA